AAUGUAGAUUAAAACAAAAACCAGCCAACCAUGCAGCUAAGAGAUUUCCCAAGGUGCUGGAAGCAUCAGUACUCCUCACCAUAGAGUCACAGAAUUUUUUAGGUUGGAAAAGACCCUGAAGAUCAUUGAGUUAAACCAUUAACCUGACACUGGCAAGCCCAACACUAAACCAUGUCCCUAAGCUCCAUAUCUGCAUCUUUUUAAAAAACUUUCAGGGAUGGUGACUCAACCACUUCCCCGUGCAGCCUGUCCCAGUGCUUGAUAACCAUUUUGGUGUUGCCAAUAUCCAAUCUAAACCUCCCCUGCCACAACUUGAACUCUUCUCAUCAAUGUUCAAUACUUCAAAAGAAAAGUAGCCUUUCCUGUUGUUGCUGACCACAGAAUCACUAAAUGGUUGAGCUGGGAAGGAACCUUUCAAGGUCAUCUGGUCCAACCCCCUGCUUAAGCCAGGCCACCUACAACCUGGUCCACCUACACCUCAGGACUCUGUCCAGGCCACUCUCCACUGAGGGACACAUGACCUCUCUGGCCAACCUCUGUCGGUUUUCAGUCACCCUCACAGUAAAAAAGUGUUUCCUGAUGUUCAGAGGCAACAACUUCUGGCUUUCAGUUUGUACUCAUGGCCUCUUGUCCCAUCAGUGGGUACUACUGAAGAGUUUGACUCUUCUUGUACCCUCCCUUCAGGUAUUUAUAUACAUUAAUUGGAUUCUAACCAAGAAGUCUUUUUUCUCCAGGCCAAACAGUCCCAGACCUCUGAGUCUUUCCUCCCAGGACAGAAGGUCUGGUCCCCUUAUCCUCUUUGUGCCCCUUUGGUAGAUUCUCCCCAGUAUGCCCCUGUCUCCCUUGUACUGAUGCUGUUGAGAUGUUGACUUGGAGAGACUUGAGGAAUGCCAGCUUCCAGUGCCUGCCUUGUGUCUCAACACAGUCACACUGGUAUUGGGUGUAGACAGAGUUCUCAGUUCAAAGUGGAAUUUUCCAAAGCUCACAAGGCUUGCUUUUUGAACCUGUGCUGUCCACCUCUACUUCCUGUUUGACAGCAGUUGGGCUGCCAGUUUGCCAUAGCCAUUGCUUAUCCAUUUUUCACCUUGUAAUCUCACUAUUCUUUUUUAUACCUUGUGCUGUCACUAUCCUGCUGCUUCUGCCCUGAAGGGAGCUCCUCAGAGCAGCAUGAAUCCUCCCAGUUGCUGCAUCGGUGUAACCAUACUCUCUUGCAUUGGCAACAAUUAAAAUACCCCAAACUUUGUGGUUAAUUGCCUUCUCCAUUAGAAGCUGUUCCUGAGACAUCCUCUAUCAGGUUCGAAAAUGAAAGCUGCUGCAGUUCCACUACUCUCCAUUCCACUUUAAUUUUGGUUAUCUUUAGCAGCUGGAGAUAGAGGUAGCAGCUUCAUGUUUCUUGUCUUCUGAAUAUAACCUCGGGUUUCCUGUUUCAUAGGCGUUGAGCCCUGUUGUUCAACAGCCUGAUCGAAACAUCCUUUUGUGCAGACUUCUUUUGCUUUGGCAUGGAGGCAAGCAGAUCAGAAAUUUCUGCAGCUGAUGAAAGCGAGGAAGUAAUGUAUACUUCUGUCAAAUUCUCUCAGACUCCUCCGCCGAGGGCCAAAGCUUCACAGGAAAAAAGAGCUCCCUGUCUGUGGUCAGCAGUUCUGAAGGGCUUGGCCAUAGGCUUCGGCACACUGAGCAUCUUCCUAGCAAUUGCUUUGAUUUGGAAGAUGAGUGACUGCCACCCACAGUGCCCUCAACAGUGGAUGGCCUACAGAGGGAGCUGCUACUCCUUCUCCACAGAGAAGAAGGACUGGAAUUCCAGCCAGGAAUCCUGCAGGGCACAGGGAGCUCACCUCUUGGUGAUCAGUAAUACCUGGGAGAUGGAUUUGUUCAAGCGUAUUCAAGCAGAAUGUUUUUGGAUUGGACUGAGGAACAGUACAAGCUCUGGAUGGAUUUGGGAGGAUGGAUCUGUAUUAAGUGAUGCCAAGGUCCGCUCUAACAGCCCUGUGCAAAAUUGUGCUGUCCUGAUGAAAGAUCAGUUUCAUGCCUCCAGCUGUGAAGUUUGGGCUCCAUGGAUCUGUGAAAAAACGCUUAGAUAAAUCCCAUGUGCUUUUUCAUGUCACAGCAACCUCAUCAGUGGUAUGAGUUGAUUGUUGUCCUGCAAAUUGAAGCUUCACACAAGAGCAAGGACUUGUCUUUUCCAUACCUUCACUAAAGUGUUUUACAAGGGCAGGCUUGUUGUCCAUAAGGGUGAAUUACUCUCAGCAACAGAAAAUCUAUUCUCUGACCACAAGUGCUGGAUUACUGCUGUUUGUGACCAGAUGAGACCUGGGACAUAUUCACUGGCCUACUCUUUCCCUUAUUUAUUCUAUAAGGGCAAAUAAAAGCUUUGUCACAACAGGUGUCUUCAGACCUCUGAGGCAGACAUAGUUAUUUUCCCUCACUUUUAAGUAUCAGAUUUCAUUUCCAUUCCCUGCAUCUCCAUUGUCUAAUAUCAGAAGGACCAGGAAAAUGAGGCCUUCUGUUAUAUAUUGACAGAAAUAUAUAAACAUAUUUCUCCCAGUGGCAGCUUCUCUUUCUCCCAGUGGUAUGAGUGGGAGACGGUGAAAAGAAAUUGCAGCUUCUGUAAAUCCAGCAGUGAAAAUAAAUCUCCAGGACUGACUGCACUGGA